AUGCCCUUCCUCAAAAUAACGCUGGUGCGUUCAGCAAUAGGCCUGCCCGAAAAGACAAAUCUGGUACUCGCAUCGCUUGGCCUGCGCAAGAGAAUGCAGUCGGUCUUUCACACAGUCUCACCGCAGACGGCAGGCAUGGUCCUCAAAGUCAAGGAGCUCGUCAAGGUAGAGCAAGUGGAAGAGCGACAAACGAUACAGCAGAUGCGGUCGGCGAGAAGUCCGCCAAGGGGAUUCGUCAAGACUGGAUCCUUGCUAUGA